AUGUCUAAGCGUUUCGUUAUUGAGAAUUGUAUUGGUAGAGGAAACUUUGGUGAUGUUUACAAAGCUAAAGAUACUUGGUUGAACGAGGUUGUAGCAGUGAAAGUAGUCAAUUUAGAAAAUUCAGAGGAAGAGGUAGAAUUGCUUGCGCAGGAGAUUUUUUUUUUGGCAGAGUUGAAGUCUCCAUAUGUGACUAAUUACAUAGCCACUGUUGUAGAAGAUGUUUCUAUGUGGAUUGCUAUGGAAUACUGUGGAGGUGGGUCUGUUGGUGAUUUAUUAAAGUACCAUUACACAUCCGGUUUACCAGAACACAAGACUCGAUUCAUUACAAGGGAAAUUUUGAAGGGUCUAUCUUACUUACAUUCGCAGAGAAAAAUUCAUAGAGAUAUAAAGGCAGCAAAUAUCUUGCUCACUGAUGAAGGUAAAGUAAAAUUGAGUGAUUUUGGUGUUAGUGGUAAGCUUCUAUCUAGUUUUAGAAGGGAUACAUUUGUUGGGACACCAUAUUGGAUGGCUCCAGAAAUUGUAGCCCAUGAUUCAGAAGGUUACGACGAGCGGGCUGAUAUAUGGUCGCUAGGUAUUACUGUGAUUGAAAUGUUGAGAGGUUCCCCACCACUAUCCAAAUACGACCCCAUGAAAGUUAUUGCAAAUUUACCAAAGCGGAAACCACCAAAGCUACAUGGCGAUUUUUCGGAUGAUGCAAAACAUUUUGUGGCCUUAUGUUUAAUCAAGGAGUCGGCAAUAAGACCUACGGCGGCUGAUCUUUUGACAACUAGAUUUACAACUAACACCAGAGUUGAAAACCUGAAGGAUGAUGUCGAUCUCAUUAAACAUGUAAAGCUCAAAAUCAAUAGGCACUCAAAAAGUCCGAAGUUUCCUUUGGAAGUGAAAAUUUAUGAAGAUGGUACUGAUUGUGCUAGUGCAAAUUAUUGGGACUUUGAUACUUCGGGAUUAAGUGUGGUACCUGCAACUGCAUCAGUCGAUAAUAGUUUUGCGUCUAAUGAGGCCUCAAGGAUAGAUGAAACCACUGAAUAUCACACUGGGAAAGGUGAACUGGUCUCAGCAAUGACUGGAAGUCCAAUAUCUAACAAUAUGAUUAGUCCAUACCAGGACUCCUAUAAAAGUACAGUGACCCCAAUCACGCCAAUGCCGUUGGGUGAAUCUUUUAGGAAAUAUUCAGCACCAGUAAAACAACAGCCUGCAUAUGAUAUAGGUUCAGGAAUGGAAAUUGAUCAACAAACCUGUUUAGAUGGUGAGCCUCAUAGCUCAACAGAUAAAGUGGCCCAUGAGGAUUAUAAAAAGUCAGUUGACCAUAAGGUAAAUGUUAAAAAUACUACAAUUUCUAUUGUUGGCUUUGACUAUUACAGAAAUGUAAUCCAUCAUUCAUUCAAAAGAAUGGAGGACAGAGCACAUGAUAAAAGAACUAAGGAAGUUGUCUUGGAGAUUUUGAAGCAUUUUGCUGCUGUAGAAACUACAAUUCCGGGCUUUAGUGAAGUCUUCAUUGAGGAAAUUUCAUUAAGAUUGGAAGCAUUACGGGACUAUUACGAGAAACACAAAAGUCAAUUGGCAUAA